CCAUCUUGCGCUGGAGAAGUUAGAACUAUCUAGGGUCUAAUCAUAAUCUACCGCAUAUUCUUACCACUGGAACUACUGGACGGCCAAGCUGCCAUCUAGGCAUUUGACAUCAUGAAGCUGGACGCCACGGAUCUGAGGUAUCUCACCUCUGAAGAGUUUCGGGUUCUCACAGCGGUUGAGAUGGGCUCCAAGAACCACGAAGUAGUGCCGACACCGCUCGUUGUCCAGAUCUCGGGCCUCCGAAAUGGGGGUGUGAACAAGGUCUUGGGCUCCCUGGCCAAGCGCAACCUUGUCGCAAAAGUGCAGAACGCGCGAUAUGACGGCUAUCGCUUGACCUAUGGCGGCUACGAUUACUUGGCCAUGCGGGCGUUGUCGAAGAGGGAUACCAUGUAUUCUGUAGGGAACCAGAUUGGGGUCGGAAAGGAGUCAGACAUCUACAUCGUCGCAGAUAACGAAGGGAAAGAGAUGGUCCUCAAGCUUCACCGACUAGGCCGGAUAUCGUUCCGCUCGGUCAAGGAGAAGCGUGAUUACAUGGGCAAGCGCAAGUCGGCGUCGUGGAUGUACAUGUCACGUCUCGCCGCACAAAAAGAAUACGCCUUUAUGAAGGUCCUUUACGAGCAUGACUUCCCGGUGCCUCGCCCGAUAGACCAGGCACGGCACACGAUUUUGAUGGAGUUCAUUGAUGCGUACCCUCUCCGACAAGUUUCUGACGUGGCCUCGCCUGGGGCCUUGUAUUCGACUCUUAUGGACCUCAUUGUGCGCUUUGCCCACGCCGGACUGAUCCACGGCGACUACAACGAGUUUAACAUCCUGAUCCGACGGGAGACGGGCGAACCUGUCGUGAUCGACUUUCCACAGAUGGUCAGCACGUCGCAUGUCAACGCAGAAUACUAUUUCAAUCGCGACGUCGAGUGUAUUCGCACAUUCUUCCGGAGACGGCUUCAUUACGAAAGCAAGCUGUAUCCGCGGUUCAAGAGAACCAUGAGAGAGGGCGGCGACGGAGACGGCGCUGGGUUCCGCCUGGACGUCGUGGUGGCGGCCAGCGGGUUUAAGAAGAGCGAUCAGAAGACAUUGGAAGAGUACAUCGACUCUGUGAAAGAGUCUGAGGGCAAAGAUGACGAUCCCGAAGAUGACGAUGAGGAGGAAGAGGAGAAGGAAGAAGAGGAGGAAGAAGAGGAGGAAGAAGAAGAGGAAGAAGAAGAGGAAGAGGAGAGUGAUGCCGAGUCGGGGACGCAAACGAACGAGGGCGCCGUGGCUCGGAAACAAGCGGAGCCGGGUGCGAGUCGCGACGGUUCGUCACUCGAGCCUUCGUCUUCCCUCAUUGUGCCCCGCGGCGGCUUCCCUGCCGGGGACCCCUCUCUUCCCCCGCGGGGUGGCGAUCGAGCUCAGUCGCUACCUCCGUGUGACGAUGCCGAGGAGACAGUGCUGUCACCCAUUCGUGCACGCGCCCUCUCGCGCUCGCCGCCUGCGUCUCGUCAUCCGUCAGAAGGGCAAUCGGCAGAGUCGGGCGAGUCGGGCGACGAGCUGGCUGAGCGCACAGCCGGGCUGUCUAUAGCAUCCCGGCACGAGCAGGACAUCAAGGAGCGUGCCGCGACGGAGGCGUCGAAGCACCGGGCCCAGCAGCAGCGCAAAUACCACUCGAAGCGCGGUGCGCAGAAGGUCGGGGGCCGGCACAAGGGCAGCAAGGCGAAGCAGGACACGAGAGUCAAACUGGACCGCGGAGGCUUCUGGGACUGACCCCUUGCCUUGUUUCCUUUUUUCUUUCCCCUUCGUAUCUUUGGUGCAUAUUCCUGGCAUUUCUCCUCGCCUCCUAGCUGCACG